UUAAAGCUCCGAUCGAGUGUUGUUUUGCUUUGGUUAGGUCCAUGGCUAAAUUCUGAUUGAAAUAACCGCACUAACUCGUCCAGGACAAUUAAAACGUGUUAAAAUGGCCGCUGUUGCAAAGGAUAUCGAGAAGCCCGUCGCGGAGGCAGCAACCGUUCACCGUAUUCGCAUUACGCUGACCUCUCGCGUGGUACGCAGUCUGGAAAAGGUCUGCGCUGAUCUGAUCAGCGGCGCCAAGAAGCAGAAGCUGCGUGUCAAGGGCCCCGUUCGUAUGCCAACCAAGAUCCUGCGUAUUACCACCCGUAAAACUCCCUGCGGUGAAGGUUCCAAGACUUGGGAUCGUUUCCAGAUGCGCCUGCACAAACGCAUCAUCGACCUGCACUCGCCGUCGGAGAUCGUCAAACAAAUCACUUCGAUCAACAUCGAACCCGGUGUAGAGGUCGAGGUUACCAUUGCCGAUCCUUAGAAUGUAUAUAUAUUGCGCCGGGCUGCAUAACAUCCCAAAAACAAAAGAGACCUUAGGCCCGAUUCGGGUACAAAUACUUCGUCCUAGUAAAGUAUUUCUCACGGGAAUCUGGUGGCUUUUAGUUGUGCAUCGGUAGCAAUAUUUUACAUUAAAAAGUUGCUAAAAAUAAACGCCCAAAAAUCAA